AUGCAAUCGCCACCAUCCGCCCCCGCGCGGGUCGAGUCGCCCUAUGUGCGGUCGCUGCUGGCCGGAGCCCUGGCCGGCACCACCGUCGACCUGUCGCUCUUCCCGCUCGACACGCUCAAGACGCGCCUGCAAGCGCGCGAGGGCUUCAUAGCCUCCGGUGGCUUCCGCGGCAUCUACCGCGGCAUUGGGUCCGCCGUCGUCGGCUCCGCCCCGGGCGCCGCCCUCUUCUUCGUCACCUACGACGGCGUCAAGCGCCAUCUCGCCCAACGCAGCCGCCACACGACAGCCGAUGGGUCAACGGUCGCGGUGCCGGGUGUCGGUGGCCUGGAGCCCUUCCACCACAUGAUCGCGGCCAGCUUGGGCGAGGUAGCUGCCUGCGCGGUGCGCGUCCCCACCGAGGUCAUCAAGCAGCGCGCCCAGGCGGUGCAGCACCCGUCGUCACUGGCCGCGCUACAACACAUUCUCUCGCAGCGCCGGGCACGCGGCUUCGGCUUUGUUUGGCGCGAACUGUACCGUGGAUGGUCCAUCACCAUUAUGCGCGAGGUGCCCUUCACCAUCAUCCAAUUCCCGCUGUGGGAGGGCAUGAAGGAGUGGAGCCGUAGCGCCAACGGCCGUGACAGUGUGUCUGCUCUAGAAGGCGCCGUUUUUGGCUCCCUUGCCGGUGCCGUCGCUGCUGGUUUGACUACUCCGCUUGACGUCCUCAAGACUCGCAUGAUGCUCGCCACCCAACGCCAGAAGAUGGUUCCCUUGUUGAAGGAGAUAUUGAGAGAUAGUGGGCCCAAAGCAUUCUUCGCCGGUCUCGGACCCAGGGUCUUCUGGAUCAGCACUGGCGGUGCCAUCUUCUUGGGCAGUUAUCAAUGGGCUAUUAACGCGCUCGGAGGGGAUGCUGUGUGA